AAGAACCCCAAAAAUCCCUUCCGCGGUGAAAUCUUCGCGUCGUAUCUUUGGCAUCAUCUCCCCUCACCACAACCACCCUUUUCAUCCUUUCUGAGCGAUUUUUUCCAUCUGGAUGACUUCGCUCAAUUGGUUUCCCUUAAUUUUAGCGCGUUAAUCGGAUGCUGUGUUCCCCGAAAUAGACUCCAUGCUCCGUGACGAGCUUCUCCGGUCUAAGAAAGAUGAGAUCGCACGUUGUUUGUCGUCGCGGAAGCGCAAACUGAGCGAGCUCUACUUUGCGACCGUAGGCUUCGCGGGCGCGACCGGGAACGCUCCGGCGGACUCGCUAUACCAUCACAAGGAACAGGCGUUUCUCGAUGCCAACGACCUUACCAGAGGCCGAUACUUUGAUGAAACCACUCUUCCACAGCUACCAGACUAUGCAGCGAUCCUAUCGCGGGAUGGCAGGAAGUCCACCGCUACAGCAGCGCCCGUGCCACUACCGGCAGUCGCACCUGCUCCACGGACUCACGAUGCUACUCUCGACAGUCCGCCACUGACAACAGAGAAUGCUGCCGCGCAGAUCAAGCCGAAAUCAGGAGAGGAACGUCCAAUUCCCCAGCAGCUGCCAACACAGAAUCUACAGCAACCCGCAGCUGAACCGCCAGCCCCUGCUCAGGUUGCGCCUGAUGUCUCUUCCACCAGGCCCCAGAGCCAGGAAGCAUCUUCCCAGCCCAGGAAGCUUGCGCCGGCAGUACCAACACCGACAAUAGAUCAGAAGGCACAUACUGCAACGCUAGGACAGCAUGCCAGUGGUCAGGAUACAGCAUUGGCGGCGGCUGAGGUUAGGUUGGACCAGAAGCAACCAAGUGCCGUGCCACCACCUGCAACACCUACUGUGGUGCCAGUCCAGAAAAAGAAUGAUGCACGGCCGUCUCUCUCUUUCGGAUCCAUCCCCAAAGUUCCGGAGCAGCCCCUCUCUCCUGUAUCAUCAGCCGGCCAAUACUCAAACAAUACUCCCUUGCCGGUCACCGUGUCGCCAGCUACAAGCCCUGCCGAGGAAGUCAACGACGCUGUUCCGAGACCUGCGAGCCCUAAGGAUGAAGAAAUUACUAAGACUCUUUCCACUAUGGUACCAUCAACGCCCGACGAACAACUGCGUUUCGAAGAGGCGCAGUCGCUCAAGCAGACCCUUGCUGCAAGCAAAUCCCUCGGCGAGAGUGCGGUCAAAGGCACCACGACGAGCGAAGUUAUCGAAGAAAGUGCUGCUCCAACUCCCGUCACUAUUGGACAGUCACCAACGGUCGCUCGUAUAUCACCUCCAACAGUGCCAGCAGAGCUGAAGACAUCGCGUGUCGUGGUUGGACAUCCCACCGAGCCCCAGCUUUCUGCUAAAGAUCAGGCUCAAGCUGGAGCAGGCGUCAAGACCCCGAAAGAAACGACCCCAGCCAAGAAGCCAUCACCACCUGCCAAUGCAACACCGACAGUUGAAAGAAUGACAACUAGAGUGUCAUCUGGAGCCAUUCGUCAUAAAUCUGUAUCUGAGAUCCUCGGAGAGUCACCCAAGCCAUCACCUCAGUCUGAUAGGCAAAGUCCAGUUGAGAAACCCACAGAUGCGACAAAGGCCGUAGCUGAGGCGACUCCUGACUCCACGGCGAGGAUGCGAUUCAAAGAUCGUAAAGCACGGGAGAAGGAGAGAACUAAGUUGUCUACCGUGGUCUUUCCCAAACAGCAGCAGCAGCAACAGUCUCAGGAGAAGAAUGAUUCGAUGGAGAUUAUCAGGCAGCAUGCUGGCGACCUCGGGAAGCUCAAUGAAGAGCAAGACUACCUCUUUACUCUGUUUCAAAGUCGAGCCUACACCCCUCCUCGUGGGACAAGUCUCAGCACACUCAUCGCUUCUGCUCAUAAGACUUUGACGACGUCAAAUCACCUGCUUGACUAUCAAGAGCAGAUGGACUGCCGCACAUUGCGUCGGAUUUAUUCUCUACAGAAUGCGAACAGAUGGCCCUUGCGUCAGCUGAAGCGUUCGGUUGAACCUCCACGGGAAGGGAGCCAUUGGGAUGUGCUUCUGAAUCAUGUGAAGUGGAUGCGUACAGAUUUUAGAGAGGAGCGAAAAUGGAAAAUUGCCGCAGCGAAGAGUUGCGCAGACUGGUGUGCAGAAUUUGUCAAUAGUGAUGCAGAGCACCGUUCACUGCUUCGCAUCCAGGCAAAGAUCCCUCCCGCAAACAAGGCCGACGAAGUUGAGAACAAGUCCAGCUUAAUUUCCCCGCCCGAAGAAGACACGGUGGACGAGAUGAUGAUUGUUUCUCAACCUACUCCAGACCUGGUUCCUUCUACUGAAGAAGAUUCCGCAAGCGAAGGGUUCAGUGAAGAGCCUCGUCUUCUUGUGGGUGAUACGGUCGCACCAGCAGCGAUCUUCUCCCUAGGUACAGACGAGUUCACGUUCUCGUUGGACAUGACUCCUGCGGCGCAGAAGAUUUUGGAUGAGCUGCCUAUCUAUUCUCCCAUCAUGAUCACGCCCGAACUAGACCUACCAGUCUUCAAAGAAUCUCCUGACACGGUCUGGAAAACCGAAAUUCUUCCUGUUUCUAAGUACGCGCUUGGUAAGGUUACAUUCCACGACGAUGAACCUGCUCGAAAGCGUAGUCGCUACGAUUAUUCCCAGUAUCGAUCUGAUCUCGAUACUGGUGCACUGGACCUCCCCCCUGAGCAGACAAAUGUCGCGCUUUUCCGCUUGGAGAACAGGCACAUCCGCGACAGAAUUCACCCCGGCCAUUCCUUUAGACCCCCUACCGAGCAUCCUAUGCCAUCGGUCGGUUUCUUCGAGUCAAGACAGUCUUCUCAAUGGACCUAUACCGAGGACGAUGAGCUUCGUCGCCUUGUGAAAGAGUAUUCCUACAAUUGGUCACUAAUUUCCAAUUGCCUAACACCGUCCUCGCAAUUCACAUCAGGGGCGGAAAGACGAACACCUUGGGAAUGCUUCGAGCGUUGGAUAGGCUUAGAAGGGUUGCCUGCUGACAUGUCUAAAACCCAAUACUUCCGUGCCUACCACCAAAGGCUUGAAUCAGCACAGCGCACCAUUAUGGCACAACAACAAGCGGCUCAGCAACAACAACAACAACAACAACAACAGCAGCAGCAGCAGCAGCAACAACAACAGCAGCAGCAGCCGCAACAGCCGCAACAGUCACAACCGCAACAGCUGCAAGGUAACAACAAUAACAGUAACUCGCAGUCACUGCCCCCGAUCAGGCGGCGAACUACACAGCCCGUUCGAGUGGAUCGGAGACGAUCUUCCAAACACCUGGCGUUGCUCGAUGCCAUGCGCAAACUAGCCAAGAAACGAGAAACCAUGCUUCAGAAGCAACAGCACGCGUCUCAUCUAGCUUCGCUGCGGAAGGUCAACGAGGCCAACCAACCCAAGCCCCCAAUCUCAUCACCUGCCGAAUUUAGCCGACUCAAAUAUGAGCGUGAGGUGAAGCUUCAGGAGAGACAGGAACAAUACCGACAGCAGAUGUUCGCUCAGCAGAAAGCUCAUCAAGCCGCGGCCCACCAACAGGCAAACUUGGCCGCUCAACGUGCAGGCCAAGCGCCUAAUCAGCAGCAGAUGAUGAACGCUCCUGGGCGAACCCCCAACGGUAUGCCACAUCCCGGAGCGCCUGCUAUGGCAGCUCAGACACCAAAUGGAAUCCCCAACGGAUUGCCAAAUGGAAUGCCGACGGGGCUGCCACCUGGUGUUGGUCCCAAUCAAGCCCGGCCUCAUAUGCAGGGCAUGGCUAGUGGUACACCUGUUAAUGGAGCCAUGCCACCCAAUCCGAUUGCGGUGAAGAUGAUGCAGCAACAGCCCGGUAUGCAACACAAUGUCGCUGCCCGUCCCGGGAUGCCCAUGCAGACGCCUCCAGAUAAUGCCCGAGUCAUCAGGGAAGCCAAUCGACUCCAAGAACAACAGCGGAUGCUACAAUCCAGACAGCAACCGACGCCGCACCCUCAUCAGCAACAAACGCAACCCCAGCAGAGUCAGCAGCAAUUUCACAGUCAACAGCAGUUCGUGCCACAGGGCUCACACUCUCCGAACCUCAACCUGCCUAAUGUCAAUGGCAACCCCAAUAAUCCAGCCAUGAUGGCUGCUCUACAGGCUGGAGGCGGAAUGCAAAGCCCAAAUUUCCACAAUACCACCCCACAGGGCGUCUCGACACCAUCACCUCGAAUGGGUCAGCCUAAUUUGCUCUCUGGCGGAGUCAUUCCUACAAUCAGCAGCUUGCAGAACCAGAUCCAACGAAGCAACCCGAACAUGCCUCCGGAGCAAGUCAGCAAACUGGCUACAGACCGCUUGCACCAGAUCCAGCAGCAACGCAUGUCGCAGGUUGCCAUGAAUGCCGCAGCUGGAAACAUUGGCAGUGUUCAGGCUAACUACCAGGUCUCGCAUGACGCCAAUUUUCAGUCGCCUCAGGCUGGGAUGAGUGGUGGGCCGGGAAUGCAAGUACCCCAGGCUCAAGGAUAUUCGCCUAUGAUGCGUGUUCCCCAGCCAGCACAACAAAAUCGGGUUGCCAUGGGGAGCUCUCCGUCCAUGAAUGGAGCUGUACCUCAGCCAAGCCGCAGUGUAACCCCACAAACCCAGCGCAGUGGGAGCGUUCAGGCUGGUCCAGUGCCAGGCGCAACGAACAAGAGUCCCAACCCUCCUCAAGCACAGACAGCGACUAGCUGAGCCCCUCCGAACGGAUUAGACACUUUGACCGACCUCUGAUACCUUUUUUCUUACCCUUUCACUGUACAUAUUCCUUCCCCCACCUUACUACUUUUUAUUCCACGCUUCAUUUUGCGCCUUGGACCAUGCCAUGCCUCUUAUGAAAUCAGCUUCCUGGCGGCACAUCUCCUAUCCAAAGCUCCUCACUGCCUUCAACUUCGAUUCCCAACAUCACCCUCUCAGUCUUCAGCUUCCCUUCCCACGUUUGUUACCCUCUUCUUCCCUCCCCCUUAUUUCACCUUUUUUGCCGCUGAUUUACGGCUUGAGCUCCAUUUUUUUUUCUGGGAAGGAUAUCUCUUAUCUGUGUUCCGGGGGCCUUACUGCAUUAUCUAAAUUUCUCUGCGCUUUUGUACUACAUGUAUUGAUAGGACGGAUACAAAAGGGGGCGGCGAGGAUAUAACUUGGAAGGCCAAUUGGAAUGGACGGGCUCAAAAGAAAUAAUGAACCACGAUUGUAC